UGCACCGUGGCGGAGGUUUCGCAAAUUGGGGGUUAUAUAGAUAUGGCCUGAGACGGUGUUCGGGUCGAUCAUUUUUCUGUCCACCCCAUAAAUCAACACUUUGUCAACAAUAUCCUUCUAAUCAUCUAUCACACACAAGAUGCCGUCUCCAAUUCAUCAGAAAUAUUCCUCUCAAACCCACCGCCUUCCUUCCGAACCUAUCUCUUCCUCUGCAGAACCUCGCCAGGACCGUCGCAGUUCACUCUCGUCUGCCCAGAACGAGAUCCUCAUCUCCUCACCACCGAAUCGCUUCUCUCGCCGCGGCUCGAACGCAUGGGAGAAUUUCGCCGCGCUCAAACGACCAAUUGAUAAUCCGAAUGUCGAGGCGAGAAGAGCAAGUUUCGCGGACUCAAGGCCGAAAGGUGGAAUGUUUGGAACUUGGUUCAACAGUACAUUCAGAGGCUUAUCAGCAAGUCCGCCACAGAAAGAACAGAAGGGUACUUCGACACUUUCUCGCUAGACCUGAUACAUCUACCAAAUCCAAGUCUGUGAAAAACCGGUUUAGUAUGGAUAUACAAUGCUAUUUAUGGUUUUUACAUGAAACAGAAGUUGUGAUAUGAUGCACAUAGGACUAGGAGUGUUGGGCGACGGAAGAUAUGAAG